UCAAUGCAUUGAGAGCUGAUAAAGAGAGGAGAGGAGAGGAGUAGAGGGGGAGUGCAUGCCGUCUAAUGAGGUAAAGGGGUGGGGAGGACAAGAAAAGAGUAGGACUGAGACACCGUGACUUUCACUUUCAGGGAGCAAGCUUCCUUUAGAAGUACAACAGCCAGGACAAAUGCACUGCUUACUGGCUUGCCAGGAGAGAGGAGUGAAGGAAAUUAAAGCCUCAAAAUAAAGUGACUGAAAAGUAAUAAGGAAAGGAAGAGAAACAGGACACUAAAAUCUAACAGGAAAUAGAGGGAUAUCUUGUCAUCCAUCAGAUUUUUUCCAGAAGACAGGGCAAUUCCAAGUGUGACUGGGAAUGAGCCAGAAGGACAGAAUGAAGAUCAGCUGUCAAUGUGGGCUCGAGGAGAAAGUGCAGCAGUAAAAGAAGAGGAGACAUAGGUUUGUAGUUGCUUAAAGAGGCGGCUGGGACAACACGGAGACAAGAAAUGACUGAGAUUCUUCCAUAACUUCGCUUAGAAGAACAUGGGGAAUAUGGCCCAUACUGGCCGGUAAAAGCAUGUCACCAACAGUGCUGUUACUUCUAUCACUAUUGACUGUUCGAGGAAGUGGGUGUGAUGAUUUUAUGAAGACGACGGUCAGAAAUCUUCAGGACACUAUCAACAGAGAAAAAAACACUGGAUUCCAACAAGUGUUUCCCAAAAAUUACGUUGUGUCUCACUACUUCAAUGACAGCGCUCUGUGUAAUGAGCCGUGCUGUGUGUUCAGUGCUGCUGUGCUGCUGUCUAAUUCCUGGACUCAGCUUCUCCGGCAUCUCAGUAAUAUCCACCUCAAACACAGAUUCAUCAGUGAGCUGAAACUCAAACUGGAUGAAAUAGCAGACAAGAAAUUUCUGGAACGUCCAGAUCUCUCUACUUUCCCAUCUAUUCAGUCGUCGCCUAAAGAUCUGCUCUCCUUCACCUCAGAUCUCUUCUCAAGAUGGCUCAAUUUGGAUUGUGCUUUUGGAGAGCAUGACUGCAUUUUUCCCACACCAAGUGAAGAGGAUCAAGAAAAUUUGGCAUCAGAGGAGGAAGGGAAUGUUGACAAUAGUGAACUGGUGGAUGUGCAGGAGCCUGUAAUAGGUAAAAGCCAGUUUGACCAUGUUCCAACUAAUGGCUAUACUAAGUCAUCUUUUCCAGGUUUCUCUUGGUGGACCUUGCCUUUUCUAUGGAUAGCAACAUGUGUGACAUCAAUAUGAUCUGAUGAGUCAAGGAAAUCUUUUUUAAAUAUGACACCAAACUUGACCAAAAGGAUUCAAGGCUUCACUUUGCAAGGACAGCUACAUUAGUCAGUUUGAAUGCUUGUACACUAUUGUUUUAUAGUGGUAAAAAAGCUUGUCAGUUUGCAUGAGUUUUAAAAGAAAGUGGUUCAUUAUUUCUGGAGGUUUCUGAAUACCGGCAAUUGUAGAUUCGCUUCUGUUGGAGAAAACAGGAUGUUUUAGAAACUGACACGUGGCCAGUAUGAUGUCUCGCUGUGUUCGCUUUUACUGCAACUAUGUACAAACGCACAUGUGAUAUUUGAUGUUUUGUCUGCAUCAGUUCUUUGUACUGAUCGUUUAUAUCACUUAUCCAGUAAUUCUAUCAUCAUAUACAGUUAAUGUGCCACCCAUGAUCAUUCCGGAGAAAGCUGUUGACAAAACAUUUUUAACAUUGAAUUUGGUAUUAGAAAAUUAAAGAAUUAAUGAAGCCAAAAGCCAUUUUCUCUGAUUAUCGCUCAGUGUGCAACAACUAAACUCAAAUAUUAAAAUAAAUACAUUAAGACUUUAGAGUGCUCUAUCUGCAACAGUGUUGGCUUAUCAAGCUACUUUUAAAAAAUAUAUUUUUAAAUGUCAUGUUUACAUUUAUUGAUUUGUUGACUUGGAGACCGUCCAUAAAGCUUGUCAAUACUACAACAACCAAUUGUUUUACUCAAAAGAAUUUAAAAAUGUGUUUUUGGUGUAGAUGUUUUUAUCUGUUUUAUGUGUAGAUUUAUAAAUGCCUGCAUUAAGUGACUGACUACAAUU